AUGUUUCACCUCCUCUCUUACUGCUGGUCCUGGCUGCAGGCAAUCCAAGAGCCAGUCAGGAAAGUAACCAUCCUUGUCCUUGGCCUAGACGGAGCAGGAAAAAGCUCCAUAGUAAAAGAAAUUCAGAGAGUCCUCUCCUGCGAGGUGCUCCCUACCUCAAAGCCCAACCAGACAGACCUCCGAGUGGAUAGGUUUGAAGUAUCCCUGGUUGACCUGGCUGGGGGGCAAAGGUCCUGGGGGACCUGGAAGGACCACUACAGCUCAGCGCAUGGGAUAAUCUUUGUGCUUGACUCUGGUGAUGUGGCUCGAAUGGAAGAGGCCAAGAAGACCUUGUCCCGUCUUCUGGGGCACGCGAAAGUUUCAGGAAAGCCUCUGUUACUGCUGGCAAACAAACAAGACAAAGUAGAUGCCCUCUUGCCCUGUGAGAUCAUUGAGUGCCUGUCUUUGGAGAAGCUGGCAAACGAAAACAAGUCACUGUGUCGGAUUGAACCCUGUUCAGCCACCAAAAAGCUCCCCAAAAUCCAGUGCUGGACCAUUGUGCAAGGACUUCACUGGCUCUUGCAGACCAUUGCCAUCAACUAUGGUGUUCUGUGUGGCCGCAUCCAGGAAGACAGUCCUCAACGAAAAGCAUCAGCAGAUCAGGAGGUGUCAAGGAAAGCACAGAAAUCACGGAGCAGAACCCAGGAAGCCAGGGAGUCACGUUCCAGAAAGGAUAGCAAACAGGGAGGAAAUUCCAAGAUGGAGGAGAACAAAUCCACAGAACCGAUACAGGAUGCGUGUUCACAGGGUACACAGAAGGAGGAAAGAGCAACGGCAUUGAAGAAACGGAAAGGAAAAGUCAAGCAGAAGGUGAAGAAGAAAAAUUCAGUGCAGUCUGAGAACACUAUUGCUGAAGAUGACAGUGGCAAAGCGGCAGCAGGACAGCGGACAAAGAAGAAACACAAAAUGCUGAAAAAUAAAAUCAAAAGUGAAGAAACAUCACCAGCUCAGCCAAAUGAGAAUCUAUCAAGUACUUUUGAUUUGUAUCGGAGAGCCAUGUUAGCUCUGAAAAUGCAACAAGGGAGUCAGAAGUCCCCAUCUGCAGCUAAUCCCUGAGCCAGAUGUCCCCUUAAUGCAGGGAAUUCGAAAGCGAGUGGAGGAGAAAGACAUUGUGGCAUGAGGCUUGAGCCGCAGUUCUGAGGUGAUCUGAAUGUACCUUCCACCAUGUUGCAGCAUGACAUUCAUGGGGAGGUGCUACAAUACAGUUGGCGAUCAAUGUCAAAGGUUCUCUACUUGAAAAUGUAGUCUCAAAUGAGGAUGAGGUGACUUUGAGCAGUUCUACUUCUUUGGAACUAGGAGCUGGUGUGCAGAUUUCAUGCCUUGUCUUCAAGAAUGUUUGCAGGAUCACAACUGGGAAUGAAAGAAAGAAAACCAACCCCAGUAGCUCAGAUGUUUAGGGCUCUCCUUAUCAUCUAAAGAAAUGGACAAACAGGAACCUCCUCUGCAUUGCCAUCUGCAUAUUAUGCCCACUUGGCAAAAGAGUACAACCAUGGAUGGUCUCUGAAGCUGGAAUUCAUCUCUCUUGAUAGUCACCAAAGUCUUAGCCCAGAAGUAGUGUAUAUUAAAAUGGUUGUAACAUAUGUUAAA